AUGGCGGCGCGGGCGGCGGAGGCGCGCGGGCGGGCGCUGGGGCGCGCGGUGGACGGCUGGGUGCUGCGCCACUACUGCCACCAGGCCCUGCAGGCCUUCCGCGCCGGCCGCGCCCGCGACUUCCGGCAGCUGCGCGACAUCCUCAGCGCUGUGCUUGUGCGGCCCUUGGCUUUGGAAGAAAGCAUUCGUCUUCAUCUGCGGAUUAUCCAGCUUUUGUCCCGCCUUGAAGAAAAUUGGAGUACUGAUUCAGAGGGUGAGCAGAUGCCGUUUGGAAGCGCGCUUGAUUUUCUGGAGACAAUGAAGCAGGAACAUGAGCUAGAUGAAGCACUCAUUGAGAAACUAAGAAGAAAAAUAAAGGAAGCUGCUGUAAUUGCCUGUAUUAGGAACCAAGAAUUUGAAAAGGCCAGCGAACUUCUGAAGACGCCCAUGUCCAAGGACCCGAGCACUCCGAAGACACAAUUGGCCCUGCAGAGCAUCAUCCAAGAGAAGAACUUCUCUCACUCCAAAAUCUGGAACUUCUCCUUUAAGGCCUUCCAGCAAGAAAUUCUUCUGUGUUUGGAAGACUACCUGGAUGACUCUGAGCCCUUCCUCCUCAAGAUGGCAAGAACGAACUCAGCUGAUCCGCAGGCACUCAGCCCUUUGGGAACAGAGAGUGAGGAGAUGGUGCCCUCCGAGUACAUGGAGGAAGUGGCUGGGUUGGAGGAAACAAGGAAAAACAAAUCUGUGGGAAGAUCCAGUGAGGCUGUGAGUGAGCACAAAUCCGAGGGUGAGGCCGGAGAAACCGAGGAGGACAGACCGGAGCCUGCGCCAAGAGCCAGCAAGAGAGCUGCAGGACAGGCUCCUGUCUCAAAACCAGCCAGCGAGCAAGCGAUGGCUCCAAGCAAGACAGCAGAGCCCCCUGAAGUUUCCAGCAAGGAGGAGACCUGCCCUGCCCAGGGGGCUCCCAAGGACUCAGGCAGGUACCCGCCCAGGAGGCCAGCCUUCUACGAGCUUUCAACUCUGAGGGAAGCUUUCAAGGCCCUUUCGGACUCCCCGGAGGCUGAUGCUGAUUUUUCCAAACUGGAUGAGACUGACUGGCCUUCCUCGAAGCGGCCUUCUGUGUCCCCACGAGUGAAGCGCCGGAGGGAAGAGGAGGAGAAGGCUGCCUCUGGGCCUCCUUCCUUGACCCAGAAGACUCAGUGUUUGGUGACGAUCAGCAAGCUGGUCCAGGGGUGUGAGACAGCGUGCCCCUGUGACUCCUGCGCCAGCCCAGCAGCACCCAAGGAACCUCCGAGUACCCUGGCUGCCCAGCCUGCGGAGCCUGAAGCGCCCACCCUGCCACGCACUCCCAGAUUCCCAAGGCUGUCCAAACAGAGAGUGAAUUCUUGGCGAGAAGAAAUGGACACGUGGAGCGGGGAAGACGAGCUCUUCGACUGCGAUUGGGUGCCGAAGAGAAAUUCUCCCCACUGCUCAGAGACAGCAUCUUCCGGAGGAGAGAGCACCAACACAUCCAUCACUUCUGGGACAAAAAAGCAGAAGGUUAGGUGGACUACAGAAGAAACAGAGUGGAUCCGGGCUGGUGUUAAGAAGUUUGGAGAAGGGAAUUGGAAAGCCAUUUUCAAAGCUUACCACUUUAAGAAACGUACUCCGGUGAUGAUCAAAGACCGCUGGCGCACCAUGAAGAAGCUGGGUCUGAACUGAACUCUGGGAGGGCCGUUGAGCUUAACACAUGCGCUUUAGGCCAUGUGGACAAGGGGCGUGUCAGAGCUGCUUCCUCUGCUAGGCCUGCACCCUUGGGCUGAGGAGGUGGGAGCUGUACAGCAUUGCAAGGAGCGGAGAUUGGGCCUCUGGACAUGGAAACACCACCCAACAGGCUCAGGGGGCAGGACCCUGACCACCUUCCUUGCCCUCCACGCACCGCAGUUAGUGGCAUUAGUGGUUCUCAAUUUCUGGUUGAAUGGCAGAUUGUUCCUGUCAUAACUGUUCAGUUUUACUUUUUCAGUGAACUUCAGCCGGGGCCCAGAGUUGUGGCUGGAGUAAAGUUGUGCCUCUCGUGUUCUUCUUGUUAAAAUCUUUAAAACUGACAAAGAAUUUUCUCAUAUUAAGGAUGGUAGAACUGGCAGUUGGAGUUUGAAUUUGGAAAAUAAAUUUUUCUGAUGUCGUCUUAGAA